AUGAAGCCAGGUGAGGCCCCAGACCGGUGCGUGGGGGCGUGUCCGCACAGCUCUGGUCCUCCAGCCCUCACUCUGUCCUCCUGUGACUCUGAAACAGCUGGGGGCCGCCUGCUCCUCCUGCUGCUGCUGGCCGCGGUGCUGACGGGAACCCGCGCUCAUCCUGUGCCUGGGGCCACCAGGCUCCCACCAGAUGCAAAAAAAUGCCACCUCUCCCGGUUCAAGUCUCUGGCCCCGCAAGAGCUGCAGGCCUUCAAGAAGGCCAAGGAUGCCAUAGAAGAGUGGCUGCUCGAGAAAGAUGUCAAGUGCAGCUCCCGCCUCUUCCCCAGGGGCUGGGACCUACAGCAGCUGCAGGUCCAGGAGCGCCCCAAGGCCCUGCAGGCUGAGCUGGCCCUGACACUGGAGGUCCUGGAGAACGUGACUGACUCAGCCCUGGGCCCCAUCCUGCACCAGCCUCUUCACACACUGCGCCACAUCAAGUCCCAGCUGCAGGCCUGUACACAGCCUCAGCCCACAGCAGAGCCCAAGUCCCCUAGUCACCGCCUCUCCCGCUGGCUGCACAGGCUCCAGGAGGCCCAGGAGAAGGAGACCCCCGGCUGCCUGGAGGCCUCUGUCACUUUCAACCUCUUCCGCCUGCUCAUCCGGGACCUGAAGUAUGUGGCCAUGUGAGAUCAGUGUGACAGAGCUCAGACCCUCCUGCCAGCUGCUGGAAUUCUGCACUGUGUGGACUCAACAAGCCCCACCUUAAUUUAUAGCCCUUUGAGCCAGCCUUUCCAGGCUGGCCAGAUGGCUCUGUGGGUGAAGGCACUUGACACCAAGUGUGAUGACCUGAGUGUGAUCCUUGACUCAGAAUGGCGGCAGGAGAAAACUGACUCCUGA